CUCAAGUAAACGAAGAAGAAGUAGAGCGAGGAGAAGGUUCAUAUAUUCGCGUCCGAGGGAGACCUCACUGGGGCAGGACAGGUAUACAGCAGAGUAUAGAUAAUGCUCAGACAUGGUGCCUUGUCAGACCCAUGUGUUGCUGAAGUGGCAGGAGCACUUCAAUAGCUCCUGGGCAGCAGAAGAUAGUGUGCAGACAACCAGGAGGCAAGGUGCUGCUGAGCUCUACAAUAAGCUCCUUCAUUACAAGGAAGUGGUCACUCUGGCCCAGCCUGUUCAGGAGCUAGUGGGCCCACGCCUGCCAGACUUUGAGUGCGAGUCCAGUGCCUCAGCAGAGAAGGAAGAGUACCUGUCAUCCCUGCUUCACAGCCAGCGAUGGCUGGCUCACCGCAUGCUGACACAAACCUCCUACACCUUGGGCCUCCAUCACAGGCUGGUAGUUCUCCAGAGGAUCUACUACGCACUUCACAGCAAAUACCAUGACAAGUUCCGCAUGCAGCUGCCGUCCCAGUCCACAGACAGUGGGACUGAAUGUGGGCAGCUUGAGCUGGCCUCCGAGCCUUGCCUACCAGGGGGAUUAUCCAAAGUCAAGUCGGGUACAGAUGUUCUGAUAGAGAUGGGUGUGAGGACUGGUUUGAGUUUGCUCUUCUCAUUACUGCAACAGAACUGGAGAUACACAGCUUCUGUGCAUCCUGAGUCGGUGCUUUGCAAUGACGUGCUUGCCACGGCGUCCUCGGUGCUGACUUCGCUACCACCACUUUCUCUGGCCAAUGAGAAUAAGAUCCCAUCAGUGGGGCUGGACUGUCUUGCACAGGUGGCUGACUUCCUGAAGAAGACCUCAGUGAGCAGUGGGACUGGUGGUCCAGACCCCACUGGUAGAAAGCUAGCGCUGGAGCUGCUGCUUGGACUGGCCAUGCAGAGAGGUUCUCUGAAGUUUCUGCUGGAGUGGGUGGAAGUGGCUUUGGCUGCUUCCAUGUCCUCCUGCUAAUCAACACUGUCUUCCUCCUCCUCCUCCCCAAGCACCCAGCAGCCAGCUGUUGUGGGUUUUGAUGUCAUCCAUCAAACACUUUUCCAAAUGAGGCAAUAUUUGGGUUUCCGUGGGGACUCCGUCAAUACUCAGGUGCUGAAUAAGGAUGCAGAUGGACUUUGUCGACUCUCCCAGGCAGCUCUCUCCCUCUUUGAGGAGAUUUGUAACUUAGCAUCCUACUGCCUGUGCUCCUGCAGCACCGAUGCCGCUGCUCCUGGCACAGAUAGUGACACAGUCAUGGUGUAUGUGUGGGGCAGCAACAGCAGCCAUCAGCUGGCAGAAGGAACUCUGGAGAAAAUCCUUCUGCCAAAACUGACGCAGGGUUUCAGUGAUGCCCAAAUGAUUGAGGCGGGUCAGUACUGUACCUUCUCAGUAUCCGCAGAUGGUUCAGUGAAAGCAUGUGGGAAAGGCAGCUAUGGCCGUCUGGGCCUGGGGGACUCCAACAACCAGUCCAUACCCAAGAAACUUGUGCUGGAGCCACACAGGAAUAUGAAGAAGGUGUCAUCCUCUAAGGGCUCUGAUGGUCACACUUUAGCCAUCACUGUAGAGGGAGAGGUGUUCAGCUGGGGUGAUGGAGAGUAUGGGAAGCUGGGCCAUGGCAACAGUGCUACACAAAAAUACCCCAAAAUCAUUCAAGGGCCGCUUACAGGGAAAGUUGUUGUCUGUGUGUCUGCUGGCUACAGACACAGUGCUGCUGUGACUAAUGAUGGAGAGCUUUACACAUGGGGAGAAGGAGAUUUUGGCAGACUUGGCCACAGUGAUAGCCAGAGUCGAAACAUGCCCACACUGGUGAAGGACAUCAGUGGUGUAGGUCAGGUGGCCUGUGGUCAGGUGGCCUGUGGCAGCUCCCACACCAUUGCUGUGGCACAGGAUGGGCGCACUGUGUGGUCCUUUGGUGGAGGGGACAAUGGUAAACUAGGUCAUGGAGACACCAAUCGGGUCUAUUGCCCCAAGGUCGUAGAGGCCCUGCAUGGAUUCAUCAUCAGGAAAGUGUGUGCUGGCAGCCAGUCAUCUCUUGCCCUUACUUCUGCAGGACAGGUGUUUGCAUGGGGCUGUGGCUCAUGCUUAGGGUGUGGCUCCUCUGAGAUGACCUCCCUGAGGCCCAGGUUCAUAGAGGACCUGAAUAUCACCAAGAUCAUUGAUAUCUCAUGUGGCGACAGCCACUGUCUGGCUCUGUCCCAUGAGAACGAAGUGUACGCCUGGGGGAACAACACCAUGGGCCAGUGUGGGCAAGGCCAGACUUCUACACCUAUUACCAAACCCAAGAAAGUGCUGGGCCUAGAGGGGGUUUCAAUCCAGCAAAUAACUGCUGGCACUUCUCAUAGCUUGGCUUGGACUGCUGUUCCAACUGACAGGCAGCUGGUGGCAUGGCACAGGCCUUUUUGUGUCGACUUGGAAGAGAGUACAUUCGCCUACCUACGCAACUUCCUAGAAAGUUACUGUGAUGGCAUCGAGAAUGACACACCCCCUGCUCCAUUCUUAUCAAAAAGGGACCAUCACCAGUUUCUUUUGCUGUGCAUGAAGCUGCUAUCCAUCCACUUAUCCUUGGCCCAUGCUGGGGGUACUGGUGCCAUGGUUUUAGGGGCUCAGGGCAGGCCCCUCAGAAACCUACUCUUCAGGCUUAUAGACACCAAUAUGCCAGACUCCAUACAACAGGCAGUUUUGAACACACUGUCCAUCGGUGCAUCUCUGCUGCUGCCUCCACUGAGGGAAAGAACAGAACUGCUCCUGUCCCUACUUCCUCAAGGCCCACAGAGCUUGAAUGCCCUCUCUAAAGGGCAGCGCUUGCAGUUAGACAUGGUUCUCAGCAGUCUUCAGGAUCAGAGCCAUGUAGCUUCUCUACUAGGCUACAGCAGUUUUGGGGAGGUGACAGCCCUGGGGCCUCCUCUGACACCCGCUAUGUCAGUCCAGCCAACCUCUUCAUCCAGCUCUGUUGAGGUCUGUGACCCUCUGCACUUAACCGAGGUGCUGCUCAGAACCCUGCUCCUCAGCAUAGGCUUUUACACGGAGAGAGCAUUUGGGGAACUGGAGAAAAACAGUGACAAGCAGCUAUCCAGUGAUAGCCAGGGACAGACUGAUCCUCCCUGUCACUUCCAUCAGCUGCUGUCUGGACUUAACAAACACCUGCUUGCCCACUGUUACAUCCACUCCAGUCCUGAGGAUGAUAGCAGUGUAACGCUGCUUCGUGAGCAUCUUUACCUGCUGCUUCCCUGUGCUGCUGAGACUCUUAAGAGAUCUACAAAACUGUUGAAGGAGACAUCCCUGGAUACACAAAUUAUCAACAAGAUGCACAUGGUGCUGUACAACUCGGUGGCUGGCAGCCUGCUCUGCCAGGUAAUGUAUUCGUUGCUGCUGAUGCCCCUGAGCACAGUUCAACCUCUUCUGAGCCAUUUAAUGGCCUUGUUGGAGCACCUAAAUGACUUCAACAGGUUGCUGCCAGACAGAGACUUCAUGGAGGAACAAGAACUAGGGAUGGACGCUCAGAUAACCUGUUUAGAUGGAAGUGAAGAAAACAAAUGUCUUGGACAACAGCAACAGGGGGAGGAGGAGUGCAAAUGGGGUUGGCUGUUGGACCUGGAGCGGACUGUGGCGUUGGCAGUCGGCCGUUGCCUCGGUGGUAUGCUGCAAGGCCCGCUGCCCUCUCUCCAGGAGAAAACAUCAGAGUCUUGGCUAUCAAAUAUCCUCUUCAGGAAUGGGCUUGAGAUGGACUUGGAACAGCUGGACUCUAGCAUGGCAUGGCUGACUGAGGUGGCACUACUGGGUGGCAGUGAUGCCAGGCUGGCUGAGCUGAGGGUGAAUGAGGAAACAAGGACUUUACUGGAACUGGCACUGGGCUCCUCCAGAGGCCCAGCAGGUGGCCUGUGGCGUAAGAUGGAGGAGUAUGCUCACAGCAAAGAAUGGGAGAGCGGAGACUCUUCAGGUAACUGUUUGCUGCAGACUGUCUGUCGCUGCAGUCUGGCUGCUCUGCUGAAACACACUGGGCUGCAGAAUGAAGCCUGUUGGGACGACAGAUAUGAGUCCUGUGAGAUGCUGCUAGAUGUUUAUGAAGCGGUUUAUAAAAUCAGAAGCACUCUGUUGGCCCAUAAAAACUCUCCAAGGACGUCGCAGGUGCAGGCGGCUGCCAAACAGACUGUUCAAUCUACCCAGAGCCCUGAUGCAGGGAGGCAAGAGUCAGGCACCUCAGUGGAGCAGGGAAGGGAUUAUGGGCAGCAGUCAGGGGGUUGCUGUAGCCAGGAAGUGCAGGUGUCUCCACCCCCAACAGCCAACCACAACCAGGAGGAGGCUACAGAGGAGGACACAUUUGGCAACAGUCAUGUGUACCUGUCAGAAGUCCUAGAAUCGUUCAUGGCUACCCGAGAGGCCAUGCAAGUGCAGCAGAAUGUGACGGUGUACGAGUCGUUUGGCACUUCCACCCUCCCCAGCAGCAUGGAGAGCCCUGUCAGCCCAGAGAAGGAGCCGGAUCCUAAACAGCAGUGGGAAAAGCAGAGGGAGUCUGAGGAAAGCUUGUCCUUCCCUGCUGCCUGCCAUUUGGUUGUUUCCCGCUGUCUCUUCCUCCUGCUGGGGGUCAGGCCUGCAUGGGUGGAACCUGCAGACAGGGAGAACAGUCAGGCUGUGAACACUGGAGCAAGGAACUCAUCGACAGAAUCCUUUACAAUGGCUUCUGAUGGCCGAAAACAGUCGGACCUAUCCAAAAACUCCUUGGGAUGUUCCAAGAAUAAAAUGGGCUUACCUCUUUGUUCUCUGGGCAUCAUGAAAGAUGCAUGGGAUCGCCUGCGGCAGUGCAUCAGCCCGACCACUACUACGUCCCACUACAGCAACAACAUUUUGCCAAUUAUUAACCAGGUGUUCCACUUUGCCUGCGGGAGCCUGAUUCACUUGCCCUCUUCACCAGCACUACCAGGUGGACAGAACUGUGGUCAGGCAGAUCCAAAGGCCAUUACUUUUGCUAUACUGCAGCAGCAACAGAGGGCUGAGAUGCGUCUAGAGGCCUUGUGUCAGAUGUCAUCCUUCCUGUCCAAGAUGGAAGAAAAGAGCAGUGGUUUCACAGUCUCCUCUCAGUUUCCUGCAUUGUUGCAGUCUGUGCAGCUUCAGUUCCUGUCUGGAUGCUUUGCUUUGGGAACGCAGAUCAUUAGCUCGCAUUAUGGAGCUAAUUAUGAGACGCAGCAUUACAUGUCAGGUACACAGUCAGCUUCCCUGGACACACAGAGAGAGCUACAAUCUGCUGCCCACACCUUCUACCAGCAGGUGGUGUGUGUCCUCAGACAGAGGGUGCUGUCGGAAAGAAAGCAUCCAGGUUCUUGCCAGCACCUUUUACUAGCCACUAUGUUUUCAUUAAAUUUCUGCUACCAACCAGUUGACCUGGUGCUGGUCAUCAGAUGUGGCAUCCUGGAAGUACUUUCCAUGCUGACCAACAACAGCUGUACUCUGAAGAGCCUGGGCUGGUUUGCAGCCUCAACAUCUGGAUCCAUGCUGCUAAGUGGGGCUGUCAGACUAGCUUGUGCCCGCCUGCUUCAGAUAUUGACUGUAGCUGCAAGUUCUUGUGAAGAUUCGCUGCCUAUUGAAAUAUCCCAUGCUCUGAUGGAUGUGAUGUGUGAGCAGCUUCAAAAUGUCCUGCACACUUUGCACCAACACCAGACAGCAGAGAGAGGAAGAGCUGAGAGAACAGACUUGGACUCCAACAGCAAGAGCGCAAAUCUAGUCGGAGUGGAAAGCAGCAAAGUGGCUGAAUCUCAGCUUGCAGAUUUCUUGGUGUUUUUAAGGCGUGUAUUGUCAUUAAGAGUAAUGAAAAGGCUUUCUACUUUUGUCAAGUGGAUCGAUCCACUCAUGGCCAUUAUUUCACACAAGUGCUCUUUAGGACCUCCAUACUUCCAGAACCUUCGAACUAAGCUUUUAGCCUUCCAUGUUUUAGAAAGACUGUUGCCUGCUUGUUCUGAGCCAGUUCAAAUUCAACAGAUUGUUAAACAACUCUUUCAGCUAUUGUCUGUUUAUAUGUGGGAGGAACCACUAACCGAGAGGAACCGCAGUGAUGUGGCUGAAAAAGACACAAGGAAUCUUGGCAGCUAUGAUGAAUGUAUUCCCAUUGGAGAUUUUUCCUUUGACCCACACAAGCUAAUCUGCUGUACUUUGGAGAGUGGAAACAUCCUGUCCCACGGCUCAGGAGGAAAAGGUUAUGGCCUGGCAACUACUGCUAUCACCUCUGGCUGUUUCAUAUGGAAGUUCUACAUUACCAAAGAAAAUAGAGGCAACGAGGGCACAUGCAUUGGGGUUUCACGCUGGCCGGUCAGAGAUCACAACCACCAUACCACCAGUGACAUGUGGCUGUAUCGUGCUUAUAGCGGCAACCUGUACCAUGGAGGGGAGCUGGUCCGCACACUUCCCUCCUUUACCCAGGGUGACACAAUCACCUGCAUCCUAGACAUGGAGGCCCACACCAUAUCAUUUGCUAAGAAUGACAAGGAGCCAAAGUUGGCAUUUGAAGGUGUGGUUGCCUCUGAACUGUACCCAUGUGUGCUGUUCUACAGCAGUAAUCCCGGGGAGAAGGUGGCACUGUGUGAUCUCCAGAUGCGAGGCAUGCCCAGUAAUCUACUUCCUGGGGAACCUCUCUGCAGCCCUCAGACUACUGUGCUGCUGGAGUCAACAGUGCAGCUCCUCCGUCGGCUCCAUCGGUGUGAUCACUGGGCCUCAAACAUUAACCAGUACAUCCAUGCACAUCUGGAGCUCAUUGGUCCUUUGUUGAAAGACAGUGACCUAGGAAGCUUCAGUCAAGGAAUCAGUCCCAUAUGCUUGGAGAAGGAAGAGAAUGAAAGUGACAGAGAUGUGGUCGCUGACACCACAGGGGAGUUGCUGGGGCAUUGUCGGUCCCUGUCAGAGGCCAAGCUGACUGCCCUUUGCACUGAAGUGUGGCCGGUACUGGCUCUGAUUGGAGGAGUGGACAGUGGUCUGCGUGCUGGAGGUCUUUGCCUUCACAAGUCCAGUGGCCGCAGGGCUUUUCUACUUGGUGUCCUGAAAGAAGGAAGCUCCCUGGCUAAGGUUCAGUGGGAGGAGGCAGACCUCUCUGUCAGCUCCAUGAAUUCUUGGUCACCCAGCGAUAUGCCGAUCCUCUCGUUGGAGCCCUGCGACACAUCCUGCUGCAGUGUUACCCGACUUGGAGGCCUCAAACCAACUGUGUUGUUAGAUCUGAUUUAUUUGAUGGGGCUGCUGGAGGAACAGGGAUGGCUGGAGGCUCACCCAGGCCCCAAAAGGAAAUAUUCAGAAGACAACAUGAAGGAGAGUGAGACACAGAGAUGUUUGGAUGAAGAGAUGUCCGAAGAUGAGAGGAAAAGGUUUAAGGAUCAGAAUGUUGAGACAGACCCCUUCAUAUCGCUGUCUUCAGUCAAAGAUACCACAAAGAUCGUGGACUCCCAGGAGUUGUCCUCUCUGCCCCAACUUCCUCAAACCUCCAAUGCAUUUGCCCUUGAACUGAGAGCAGUUAGAGUCUCAUUCCUUCUCACUGGGGCUUUGAAAUCCCUGACUGUCAUUUUUAGCUGUGAGAAGCUGUCAGAUUUGCUUCUAGUGCCUAAACAGGACCCGCCCGAUUCUUCAGUGAGUCCCCUUUCUAGCCCAAACCUUGACCAGGCCAAGGCCAGCAGCAAACAAUGGGAUGAGAGUGCUGAGCUGAGAUCGGUGCUGCAAUACGUGGUGCAGAGCAUGGUGAAGUGGGCAGUCAGGCCCUGUCCAAUCAAACAGAGUGUGUCUCUUGCUGACCUGGAAAGGGCUCAAAUCAUGAUCUACAAAGGAGCUCUUAACAAACAAGAUGACAAAGAACGCAAAGAAUCAGGCCACCACUCUUCCUCUCAGCCUGUUUCCAAGUCCUCCAGUUCUGUGUCCUUGUACAGUGCGGGUUCAGAGGGCACUGCCAUCUUUGGCCAAUCCAACAGAGCCUCUGCCUCAUCCUCUAAUACUGACUUGGCAUCUUCACUGCCAACAAACUUGCAGGCAGAUGGCCUUGAUAAUUGCAACCCUUUCCUCCCCAUCAGCCUGCUCCAUCCCCCUGUGCUGCACCCUUGCUUCAGCCUGGCCAGCUCUGCUUCUUGUGAUGCCUUCACAGAGCAGCAGACUAGUUUCAUGGAACCAGGUCCCUGCAGCACACAGGCCAGAAGCAGCCUGGAACGGACACAAAUGUUUGUCACCAGCCGGUUGCUAGAAAUGGGAUUCUCGAUGAGACAUAUCUAUUGGGCCAUGGAGGCAGCAGAUGUAGCAGGUGACCUGGACUCUCAGACCAUUGAGGUGUUGGCCAGCUGGAUGCUAGAACACCCCCUGACUGAGGAGCAGCAGGCGGCCGAGUCACCUAGACCAGAGGGUGCCCCUGACACGCCAUCCCCAGAUGGGCCAGAGACAGUGCAAUGUCCAGAGCGCCCCACCAGUCAACCCACUGAAAGCCUGUUGCCAGUCCUCGACUGGAUAGAGCGGGAGAACUUCUUGGAUGUCCACCUGACCAGGAACAGACCACCACCUGCACGGCGGAGACGCUCUGGCCCGACUCAGAGGACGUCCUUCCGAAGGGCAGACUUGCCGUCACCCAACCCCCUCCCACAGCUGUAUCAGCAGCACACAGCGGUCAGUGAUUGGCCAGAGCAGGUGGAGUUUCAUCCCUACUCUGCUGAGGAGUCAGAGCUGGGUUACAUGGAUGAUCCAUACCAUGAGGAAACUUACGAGGACCUCCUCACUCCCUCAUUCUUCAACUUGGAGACAGACAUGCUCCAGAUAGUGGAGGGUGGAGAAGACCACAGUCAGAUGGUGAAGUGCGAGCUGUGCAACACCCUUACCCUGCAGUUUAACAAUCACAUAAAGCGGCGUCACCCAGGUUGUGGGCAGAGUGCUGCACGAAAGGGUUACGACAGCACCGGAGCCUAUGUGGACGUCUGGUUCAGAGGGGAGUGUGGCUCUAACUUUCCCUUCUACCUCCUCUGCAGCUCCUGCAGGGAAAAGUAUUUGGCUGCAAACCUGAGUGAUGCAAAUUCUAAAUAUGAAAGAAUUAAAGGUCUAACGUCUGAUUUGAUUGGCCAACUGGACAGCACAUCCGAUGACGAUUGGGAAAUCGGCUACCAAGAUGAGUGCAACACAGACAAGCUGACAGGACUGGAUGACUUUGGGCUCUUGCUGAGACCACUGGGACUGACUGAAAAGAAGCUGGUACCCGACCCCAUUGCGUUUAUUGAACCAGAUCCACUCGGAGCCCUGGUUUACAGCUCUGCUGACUAUACGAGAGGUGUAACUCCCAAAGGGAAUGCUGCUGUUGAGCAGAAGGCCUCUCUUAGUCUUGGACAGCAGGCCGUAUCUCUGAGGGACUCUCAUGAUAGGUUGAAAGCUUUAAGAAGAGUCACCUCCACAGCCCAGAUUCUGCUAGCAUACAACAUGGUGAUGAGAGCACUGUCUCAGACUGCCUCUAGCGCGUCAGUGUGCAGCCAGUCUAAUGGACUCGAGUCCUUGGGACUGGCAGAUAUUCGCAUUCUGGUGCGUUUGAUGACUCUAGCAGCAGGGGGCAGAGCUCACACCUGCAUGGACAGAGAGCCAGGUGUGAAGGGGCUGGUGACAGAACGCAACACCUCCACCUGUCUCGGCUACCUUACCUCAGCCAUUGGCAGCGUGGUAUCCCAUAGUCCUACUGCUUACAGACAACUAGUGGAGAUUUGUACUCAGGACUUAAUGGCAGCAGCUAGAGGGGUGAACACUAGGGCCAUCAGUGACCCACAGCAGAGAAGUUGUCUGAAUUCCAGUCUACCAGCUGCAGCCCAGAGCUCCCAGCAGCAGAGGGACUACAGUGACCAGACUCCCCCAACAUUCCUGGUCACACAACGCCUGGUGUCCCUCCUCACUGAAAAGGGUGUUCACAGUUACAGCCCUGAUAGGACUGAACAUGAGGCCACUGAUGCAGGAAAUCCAGGGGUGUCUUCUUUGUCUUUGCCUCCAUCCUCUUUACCGCACCUGGGUGCCAGAGUAGGCCCUCUGGAGCUGGCUGAUGCAUUGGCAGCAUGUGUCCUCUCUGCAAGGCUGACCAGUAAACACCGCCAGUGGGCAGCACAGCAGCUGGUGUAUGCCUUGGCUGCCACAGGAAGGGACAGUCCUAAUCGUCCCCAAACUUACAGCGACCGGGCAGGUGACUUACGUAAAUGUCCUUUGAAAAGACUGGAAGGACAUUACAACAAGGUGGUCAGCUGUUCCUGGAGCAGUGAGCAGAGUUUGCUGGCUACGUGCUCUCAGGACAAGGUGGUGCAACUGUGGAGCAUCAGCCAGAAUACAGUGGAGUUACAGACCACCUUCUCCUGUAUUACCAGUAAGACGGACAGAUCAAUCAGUGAGAAGACCAGUAGAUGUCAUCAAAUGUCGCCUGUAUGCUGGAGUACAGGAGGAAACUUCUUGGCUGCACCUGAGAACAAACACAUAAACAUCAUGAACAUCAAGGGAUCUCACUGUCACGUGGAGGCUCAAGUGUCUCGGGUCACAGCUCUUUGCUGGGCUCAGACCUUCAGUUUGUGGGCUCUUGACCAUGUGAUGGCCUCUGAAAACCGAUCUGCUGAAAGCCUGUUGGUGGGGCGGCUGGACGGCUCCCUCUGCUGGCUGCAAGUCACACUGCAGGAAAUAGAGCUGCAUGUACAGAGCACUGAACUCAGCCACUGCCACAGGAAAGAGGCCCCCAGGUGUGUUGCCUGGCACAGUGAGGACAAACCGUUUGCAGUGGGCUAUCCCAGUGGAAAGAUCCUUUUGGCCACAACUGAGAUGUAUGAGAAUGAGCAGCCUGUAGUGCUGUCUGUCUUCCAGGACAGUAUAAGUUCCCUAAAAUGGGACCCCACUGGACACUUGCUUCUCUGUUUGGGCAGGUCAGAGGUAGUGAAGAUACUGGGGCGCUGUGGCACCAACUGGGUGACCCUGCACUCCCUCAUUCACACCAGCAAUGUUAACAUCACUGAAUGGUGCCCACUCGCUGGCAAAGCACCUGAUCCCCGGCUCAUGAUGGCUGCAGGUUGCCAGAAUGGUUCUGUGUAUGUCUGGACACUGCCACAAGGGGGUGCAGCUGUGUCUUUACCCAACUUAAUGAACAACUCUCCCAGCCAAGAUAUAAACAAUGUCAAGGAGGACAGUGCACAGUGUGUGUUUGUCCUUCAUGGCCACAUUACAGCAGUGAAGUCCCUUUCAUUUUGUUCCAGUGGACUGGCUCUAGUUUCCGGAGGGAUAGGUGGACUGCUCAACAUCUGGUCCUUACAGGAUGGUUCAGUCUUGCAGACUGUUACUGGUUUGGGUUCAGUCAUCAGUACUACCUGGAUACCAAACUUGGGUGUAGCUGCCUGCUUUGGAAGGUCGAAGGAUGUUUUGGUGAUCUGCUGCACCCCUGACUGGAUCAGUCAAAAUCAUGUUCUUCCUACCUGUCGUAUGGUUCUCAGAAGCCAGAACAUCCUGGGUCUAAAUUCAGCAAAAUGUUUGACUGUCUUCUUGGAGAGGUUGCCCUUGCUGUUGCAGGAGCAGUACAACUAUGAACGGGCCCAUGUGGCAGCUGGGGACCAACUAAUCCACAGUGCCUUCCUCCAGAGUCUGGCCUCCUUGACUGUUGGGUUGUCCCUAGACAAACACCUGUGCUCUUUUCCACACCCACCACACCAUGCCAGUCCCGAUGCCCACUCCUGCCCAUCGGAGUGGAGCUGGCUUGCCACCUAUGCCACUACUGUCCGGAGUGCUGAGGCUAUUGCCAGUGGUACUACCUUCCCAGAAUCCUUCAUUGUUUUAGAGUUUCAGGAGGUAGAUAACACUGACAUCAUCAAUGCACUGGACAAUAGCAAGUGGAGCUUCAGGAUGGAUGAACAGCUGAUGUCAUGGGCAACCACCAGACCAGAGGACUGGCAAGAAGGGGCUGGCAGGAAGGGGAACCAAACUCAUGAUGCCUACUCUAGUGCCGUCUCUCUUACAGACACAACAGGUGUUUACAUUGUCAUCCAGGUUGUGUGUGGACAGAACUGUACUUUCCUGGUCCAGUCCAAUGGGACUGUACUGGCUGUAGGAGAAGGACAAUAUGGCAGACUGGGGCAGGGGAAUUCUGAUGAUCUCUAUGUUCCCACUAUUAUCUCUGCUUUCCAAGGCUAUGUGGUGACUCAGCUGGUGACAUCUUGUGGAUCAGAUGGACACUCUAUGGCCCUGACUGAGACUGGGGAGGUGUUCAGUUGGGGAGAUGGAGAUUUUGGAAAACUGGGUCACGGCAAUAGUGAAAGGCAGAGGAGACCUAGACAGAUAGAGGCCUUACAAGGAGAAGAGGUCAUUCAGCUUGCUUGUGGCUUCCGGCACUCCGCUGUGGUAACAGCAGAUGGGAAACUCUUAACAUUCGGCAGUGGUGAAUCUGGCCGUCUGGGUCAAAGGUCAACAUCCAACAAGAUGCUGCCUGAAAGAGUGGCUGCACUAGAGGGAUAUCAUGUGGGACAGGUGUCAUGUGGUCUCAACCACACUUUGGUGUUAUCCCUUGAUGGCAUGUUUGUGUGGGCAUUUGGAGAUGGGGAUUAUGGCAAAUUAGGAACAGGUUCCUCUACAGCAAAAUACUACCCUCAGAAAGUGGAGCAGCUGUGCAACAAGGGGAUCAAGAAGGUCAGUUGUGGAACUCAGUUCUCUGUGGCACUGGCCUGUGAUGGACAUGUUUACACAUUUGGACAAGAGCGUCUCAUCGGCCUCCCGGACUCCAUGCUGAAGAAUAAAUCCUACCCCCAAGUGGUGCCAACCCUGGAGGGGCUGUUCAUAGAGGACAUUGCUGUGGGCUGUGAACAUGUGCUCACCUUGUCCUCCACUGGGGAUGUCUACGCCUGGGGCUGCAACAGUGAGGGACAGCUUGGCCUUGGACACUCCAACCCAGUAAAGGAACCCACACUCAUAACAGCCCUCCAGGGUAAAAACAUCAGACAGAUCUCUGCUGGCCGCUGCCACAGUUCAGCAUGGACCACCCCCUCUACCUCGAUGAAAAACUCAGGUGGCUCUGGAAAUUUCCAGAUAGGCCUUCCCCAGUGGGUCCCUCCCCAGUAUAACACCUUGAAAGACUGCAGCCCUGAUGACCUAAGCAUGCGUCUUAGGGUACUCUACCACUUCUCUGAUCUCAUGUACAAGUCCUGGAAGCUGUUAAACCUAGAUGCCAAGAAUCCGGUAUGCACCUCACGCUAUAGUUCAGGGACGACAGCCAUCAUCCGGGGCGAGCUCAGAGGCCUUCUGUCACCCAAGGUCAACACUCUGCCUCUAGUACGCUCCAUUGGUAGAACAAUGACCCAGGGCAAAACAUAUGGACCACAGAUCACUGUGAAACGGAUUUCCACAAGAGGGCGUUCGAGCAAGCCCAUCUUUGUGCAGAUCGCGAAGCAGGUAGUGAGCUUGAAUCCACUAGAGCUGCGGCUGCCAUCACGAGCCUGGAAGGUCAAGCUUGUCGGAGAGGGAGCAGAUGAUGCUGGAGGAGUGUUUGAUGACACCAUCACUGAGAUGUGCCAGGAGUUGCAGUCUGGUGUGGUGGAUCUUCUGAUUCACACUCCCAACAGCUUUGCAGAUGUGGGCAGUAACACUGACAGGUUUCUGUUGAACCCAGCAGCACUCUCCGAGGAUCACAUGGUCCAGUUUCGCUUCCUGGGCAUCCUCAUGGCUGUGGCCAUCCGCACUAAGAAACCUCUAGAUUUGCAUCUUGCUCCCUGGGUGUGGAAACAGCUCUGCUCGAUGCCACUGGGAGGGCUUGACCUUGAGGAGGUAGACUUGCUCACCUACCGCACCCUACAAGGCAUCCUUCAUCUGGAAAACAGUGGAAUCACAGAGGACAAUUUCCAUGUGAUGAUCCCACUGGACUCGUUCAUGGCCCACAGUGCAGAUGGAAGGCUGGUAGCUGUUGUUCCUGGAGGUCAAAACAUCUCCCUAACCUUUGCCAACCGGACUGAAUAUGUGGAGAAAGCUCUGGACUACAGACUGCAUGAGAUGGAUUUACAGGUGGCAGCGGUCAGAGAGGGCAUGUCCACCAUCAUCCCUGUGCCCAUCCUCUCGCUGCUGACGGCACAGCAGCUGGAGCAGCUGGUGUGUGGCCUGCCAGAGGUCUCUGUCGAGAUGCUGAAGAAGCUGGUGCGUUACCGUGAUAUCACAGAGAGCCACCAAAUUAUUGCCUGGUUUUGGCAGAGCUUGGAGGAGUUCACCAAUGAGGAGCGGGUUCUUUUCCUGCGUUUUGUCUGUGGCAGGUCCAGGUUACCUUCCAACCCAGCUGAUAUCACACAGAAGUUUCAAAUCAUCAAGGUUGAUAGGCCCAUGAACGGUCUCCCUACUGCUCAGACCUGCUUCUUCUUGCUUCGCCUGCCCCCCUACACAAGCCAGGCCAUCCUUGCUGAGCGUCUGCGUUACUCCAUCCAUAACUGCCCCUCCAUCGACAUGGACAACUACAUGCUGACCCACAACACCGACCCAGCAGACAUCUCCGACCCUGAGGAAUGAAGCAGAAAGCUGUAGUCAACAGGGUGAUGAAUCUA